GCGCGAACAUGCUAAGAUCUGUUCGGAUAAUCUGAAGGUUGAGGACCGUCAGAUGGUGCUGUGUGGAUAUGACAGUCGUGAGGACGAGAAGAUGUGGGGACUGCAGGCUGAUGGCGCGGGUGCAUACAUCUUUGCAGAUUAUCCUGAUAACUGUCUUAGCCUCAUUCACCGCAGACACGGGCGGUCAACACUUCUUGCAUGGGUACCCGUUGUCUGUCCCAUGCAUUAUGCCUGCGGGGCAGACCUGUCCAUGGAGUUCAGAGACCCUCUGGGUGUUCCGUUUCUAGUGACGUACUCUGAUGGUUUGCUACGACACAUAGAGUACAUGGCAGGGGAGGACAUGAAAGGGAACAAUGAGAAUGCGGGGAUUGGAGAACCUCAGUCCGAAGAGCCGAGACAACCGGCAGGCGAGGUGAACGGACCCCCACACGACGGCCCCGGGGGAUGCGACGUUGACGGUCCGACUGCAGACUCGGGUGCAGGACGUACUGUUGUGGGGAGGAGUGCGCCAGUGACUGGUACAGUGUGCACCGAUGGCAGCAAGCGGACGACCCAAGGAACGAAGCAGAAGGCAACAACCAAACGCGRCAACGAGGGGRCAACGACGGUACGAGGGAGAGGCGGUCGAGGUAAGGGACGGGGGGGCGGGGCACCACUGGAUGGUGGGAGGGGAAGAGGAAGUGGGGGGGGCCAGGGGGGGGCAGCAAUGGAUGGUGACACAGGCCAGAAAAUUGGAGGGAGUCAAGGGCCGCCGAGGCGCAAUCGCCGGCCAAGAGAGGCUGCUAUGGCAAAGAUGCGCCGACUGCAACGCAACACAGAACUUUGCAUCCCUUACAGACCGUUUGUGAGGCUUGUGCGCGACAUUGUGAAGAAAAAAGAGGUCGCAACAGAGCCUGUGCGGUUCGGGAUGCUUGCCAUUCGAGCACUUCUGGAGGCAGCUGAAACCUAUGUUGUGCAUUUUAUGGAGAGCACGAACGAGGUUGCAAUCCAUUUGAAGUGGGUCACGAUCUUGCCCCGGGGCAUGAGGCUCCAGUUGCUGCUGCGCUUAUCUCAAAAUGCCGACGUGCAUGACGACCACAUCAUGACGGAGUGCUCUGCGAACACUCUUCACGGAGUUGUGGACUGGAUGAGAAAUGACCAAGACAUCGACAUGACGAAAAGAGAGGGAGGAGGUUCGUACAACACGGCAACGUUCAAGAAGUUUGUGAGAUCCCAGGCGAGGGAAAAUAAAAUGUUGAAGACAGGGGGUGGUGAAGAAUUGAAGCCGAACACUGCGGAGAUAUUGGCGCUGAGCAGGAUGAACGAGGAGGCACAAAGUGAUCCUGUCGACUACCAUGAACUGGCGACAAUGGUGGUGGACGGUGUCGAGUUUGUGGUACUUGACCAAAUUGUGGACUUCAUGAAGAGUGGAGGUGAGGACAAAAACCUCAUUCACGAGACAUUGCAUGAGGUGACGGAGGACGCAAUAGCAGCAGCGGAGGUUGUCGAUGUCGAGUGUGUAAAGGAUUGCACACUCGACCUUGUAUCGGGAGAUCCUGUGCCCCGAGGGAACAUAUUCGAGGCUGUAGAGGAGCUCACCGCGACAUUGACGGACGUCGAUAGGAGGAGGAAGAGAAAGCAAGGAUGGGAAAUCGUUGUCCGAGAACACAAUAGCGCAAGGACACACACAAGAGACAUAACAAUGCAGGACGUAGGUGACGCAGUAUCUCUCCCGGAUGUGACGACCGUGUUGAAGAAUCCUGCUGUGGAUGCCCAGACUGUCCAUGGCGGAUUCAGAGAGUGGAGAUUGGCACCCGUACGUCCUUCAGGUGACUUCAACGAAGGGGGUGAACAACCGUCUCGGCAGGGAGAUGAUGUGGUGGUUCGUUCUGAUGACAAGGGCGAUGCGCAGACACGACCGCAACAAGAGUACCCGACUUUAUGGGACUUUGAGCUGCUCCGUGUAUGACGCAACUCAGGUUCACACCCCAUGACAUCGAUGUCGUCAGAAUGGUCUCCUUCUGUAUGAGAACAAACCAUGAUUGUAUCC